ACAACACAAUGACAGAAACCAAUGCAUUUACCUCGAAUCAUGAGAGGAGUAGUAAACGAUCUUCUCAUAGAUCAUCAUCCAGUCGUUCCAAGCGCAGUUCUUCGAGCAAACCACGCAAAGGUGGAUCUUCAUUUUUGAGAAUUGUUGAGAGUAUAUUCUUUAGGUUAUAUACAAUGAUCGCCAGGCUGAUUUUCAAAUUUAUCUAUGGCGAAAAGGGACAAUCGAUGCCGGCCAUUACAGAUCCCAUUCUAUUGGAAUCGGCUACUUCACUUGCCAGAAAAAUACGCAAACAAGAGCUUACUAGCGUUCAAGUUUUAGAAUCAUUCAUUAGACGUAUCAAGGAGGUGAAUCCUUUGCUGAAUUGUGUGGUCGAUGAACGUUAUGACGAUGCCAUGAAAGAGGCCAAAGAAGCUGAUGAGCUAAUCAAAUCCGGCAAAUACACCGAAGAAGAAUUGGAAAAACAAAAACCCUAUUUGGGUGUUCCAAUUUCCACCAAGGAUUGUAUUUCGGUCAAGGGUAUGCUGCACACAUCUGGCCUGUACGAAAGACGCAAUCAUCGUGCCUCCGAAGAUGCCGAUGCCAUGGCAUUGAUGCGCAAAGCUGGCGCCAUUCCAUUCGCUCUGACAAAUGUCUCAGAAGUUUGCAUGUGGUGGGAGAGCAACAAUACCGUACAUGGACGCAGUCGUAAUCCCUACGACACCAAUCGUAUUGUUGGCGGUUCAAGUGGUGGUGAAGGUUGCAUUCAAGCCGCGGCUGCAUCACCCUUCGGUCUAGGCUCAGACAUUGGCGGUUCUAUUCGUAUGCCUGCCUUUUUCAAUGGUAUCUUCGGUCAUAAACCAUCGAAAUUCGUUGUUUCCAAUCGGGGUCAAUUCCCCCUGCCUAACUGUGAAGAACAAAAUUCAUUUUUGGGUAUUGGUCCCAUGGUCAGACAUGCUGAGGAUUUAAAACCAAUGCUGAAGAUUAUCGCCGGCGAAAAAGCCGAUCAACUGAAAUUGGACGAACCUGUUGAUGUACAGAAAUUGAAAUUCUUCUAUCAGGAAACUGAUGGCGGUGGUCGCCUUGUUUCACCCGUCGAUUCGGAUCUCAUUGAUGCCAUUCAUCGCAUUGUUGAUCAUUUGCAAACGAAACUAAAGGUACCUGUUGAGCAGGUACAAUUGCCAGCAUUCCGUCAAUCAGCUUCCAUUUGGUUUGCCAAUAUGAAAGAUGAUACCGGUCAUGCCUUCGACUAUCAAUUGGGCAACUGUAAACGUGUCAUAAAUACCAAACUGGAAUUGGUAAAAUGGAUUUUCGGAUCAUCCAAACACACACUGAUUGCCUUACUGACCGCACUUCUGGACAAAUCCCAACCUCAACAUGGUUCCUCGAAAUACCAUCACUUGGUUAAGAAACGUAAUGAGUUGCGCGAAGAGAUGCAACAACUAUUGGGUGACAACGGUGUACUCAUCUAUCCCACACAUCCCACCGUAGCUCCAUAUCACAAUGAGCCCAUCAUUAAGCCCAUAAACUUCUCCUACACCGGUAUUAUCAAUGUUCUCGGCUUCCCAGCAACAAAUAUUCCCUUGGGAUUGGGUUCGGAAGGUGUGCCACUUGGUGUACAGGUUGUUGCCAAUUUCAAUCAAGAUCGUUUGUGCCUGGCCGUUGCUGAGGAGCUCGAGAAGGCAUUUGGCGGCUGGAAGAGACCGGAAAUACGCAUUUAGUUUAGUCUAUUAGCAAGUGACC